AUGCCCAUGCGCCGGGUGAACAUGCACAUGCGCCGGGUGAACAUGCGCAUGCGCCAGGUGAACAUGCGCAUGCACCGGGUGAACAUGCGCAUGCGCCGGGUGAACAUGCGCAUGCGCCAGGUGAACAUGCGCAUGCGCCAGGUGAACAUGCACAUGCGCCGGGUGAACAUGCCCAUGCGCCGGGUGAACAUGCACAUGCGCCGGGUGAACAUGCGCAUGCGCCAGGUGAACAUGCGCAUGCGCCGGGUGAACAUGCGCAUGCGCCGGGUGAACAUGCGCAUGCGCCAGGUGAACAUGCGCAUGCGCCGGGUGAACAUGUGCAUGCAGUUCAACAGGCCAUCUCCGUGUGCUCUUCCUCACGCCCAGGGUUGUGAGCAGCUUCACCCACCUGGGCCAGCGGUUGAGGAGCGACGGGCGAGUGAGUGGUGUUCGCUCAUGCGACGUGCUGCUCCCCCGGCACUCCCUCCUGCCGUGGCACCGUGCGACCGAGCAGUGAUUGGUGGUGAGUGGCUUGGAGGGCGAGAGGGUGGGGGAAGGGGUGGGUGGAUGGGGGUUGCGGGGCCCCAAUCUCCUCCAACAGAACUCUCGCCAACCGCUGAACCUAAAAAUGGUGUGGCACGUGCGAGUGUGCGAGCGUGGGUGCGCGGAGAGAUUUGUUUGCGAAUCCAGCUUGCACUUGUUGGCACAUCGCACACAUUGCCUCUCCCUCUCAUUGCCUCUCCCUCUCAUUGCCUCUCCCUCUCAUUGCCUCUUCCUCUCAUUGCCUCUUCCUCUCAUUGCCUCUCCCUCUCAUUGCCUCUCCCUCUCAUUGCCUCUCCCUCUCAUUGCCUCUCCCUCUCAUUGCCUCUCCCUCUCAUUGCCUCUCCCUCUCAUUGCCUCUCCCUCUCAUUGCCUCUCCCUCUCAUUGCCUCUCCCUCUCAUUGCCUCUCCCUCUCAUUGCCUCUCCCUCUCAUUGCCUCUCCCUCUCAUUGCCUCUCCCUCUCAUUGCCUCUUCUCUCAUUGCCUCUUCUCUCAUUGCCUCUCCCUCUCAUUGCCUCUCCCUCGCAUUGCCUCUCCCUCGCAUUGCUUCCCUUACUCAUCACUCCCCCAUCCCCUUGCCUCUCCCAUUUAUUCCCUCUCAUUUUGGUGCAUGCCAUACAGGCCAUGCUGUGUGCGCCCUCCCCUGCAUCUGCUCACUCAUCCCCGCCUGCACCGCUGCUCACCCCGCCCGCUGCCGCACUCUCACAAGCCCUGUCGCCAACUCAAGCUGCACACAAGAUUAAAGGCGCAUGA